AAAAUCAUAACCGGCCCUUAUAUUUAUUAUCAUUCAUUCAAUGGCUUCUCCACUAUAAACCCUCUGUCUCUCUCUCUCUCUCUCUCUCUCUGUUAUUAUUAUUUCAUUGCAUCUUCUCUUUAUAUCUUUCAAAUUCAAAACCCCUCAACCAAAGAAAAUUUGAAAAAGACGAUGUGUACUCCAUCAAUAUUCACUAUGCUCGUUAGAUGGAGUGUUAGGGAGUUUGCUUCAUGUUUCUUGGCUCGCAGAUUCCCUGAAGAGAAACUGGCAGAGAUGAAUCCGUCUCCGUCGUUGAAAUAUCCGAUGAGACACAUUGUCGCCGAAACGAAAGACAACACGGAAGAUAGGAAGACUAGUGACAAAAAUAGAAAACCGCGGAACCACAGUCGGACAAUAUCGAAAAGCAUAGUUUCAGUGGACAAUGAAAGCGAAAACUCGAGCUGGAUAUGUCUUCCUGAUGAAGAAUACAUAGUUUUUUGCUUUAAAGAAGAUGGAGCUUUUGAUGUUAUGAUAGAAUCGCACAAAUCCGAAAGAAGUUCAUGGCCAGUUAAUAGAAAGAUUGAUUCUACCAAGGACGCCAAAAGAGAUGAGCUGAGCAGUGAUGAAGGAAGAUCAAAUGAAGAUGCGAGUGAAGGAGAGGCCAAUGCUACUAAAGAACAGGGUGAUGAAAAAAGGGGCAGCAUUUGUUGGGAAGUAGAGUUAGUUUCAGCUAGCUUAAAAAGAUUAGAAGAAUCAAGAGACUCGUAUCAAUCUGAUGGUAGCACCGAAUCUUUCACCUUUCCUGUGUAAGUGUGUAAAAAGAAAUUUUUGUUUCUAUUUGCUCGGAUUUUCGAGGGGUGAGUGUCGGAUAUUUAUGUAUCCGAUAAUAUUUGAACAAAUCCGUUUUUGAAUGUAUUGAAUAUAGAACUAUCUAUUCUGUUUUAAA